AUGGCAGGGGACCCCCCGCCCGUGAGUCUGAUCGACCCCGGGUACUGCUCCCCGUCCGCGACGCCGCCGUUCAAGACCCCGGGCGGGAACGGCGAGGUGGAGCUGGAGCCCGACGUCGAGAGGGAAUUCGAUCGCGCCAGCGACGACGACGAGGACGAAGCACCGCGCGCGACGACGACCGCGAUCGUGCGCGACGUCCCGAUCGCCGCGGUCGUGGACCAGAACGUGAUGCGCACGCCGACCACCAGGCGCGUCCACGUCUUGAAAUAUCGCGCACCUCGGGCAAGCUCGGACGUGAUGGUCGCGUCGCCGUCGCCGUCCCGCCCGUCGCACCCCCGCGCGCGCGCUUCCGCGCCCGACGCCGCGCGUUUUGGGGCGUCGUCGAGUUCGCCGUCGGCCGGCGUCGCCGCGGGCGGCGGGUACGGCGAGGCGCACGCCAGAAGGGUGCUCGCGGAUCGAGACGGAUACGCGACGCGGCACGACGCGAAGACGACGCUCCGCGCGUCCGUCGCCUCCGCCGCGGCUCGGUUCUCCUCCGCGACGGCGAGUUCGAGCGCGCGACGCGGCGCGGGGGCGAGGGACCCGAAGACGCCGGACUUUGAGAAGAGGAGCCCGGGGUGGCCGACGGGGCACCGGCGAGAGGCGUCGACGGCGACCGCGCGCGAGUCGCGGCGGUGGCGUCGAGGAUUGCAUCACGCGGCGGCGUCGACGGGGUCGAGGAACAGCACCCCGGGCGGCGCGGCGGCGGGGACCCCGGGUGGAGGGUUCCCGACGUCGUUCACGCCGUCCGUGUACGGCGCCGCGAUGGCGCCGCGGGGAUGGACUCCCGGGAGCGCGGCGGGCGGCGGCGGCCCGAGACACUUGGAACUGCUCAAGGGCGUCAAAGGCCCCGCGGACGGAGACUUUUUCGCGACGAUGGAGGAGGAACUUCGCGAGGAACACGCGCUCGAGCUCGCGGCGUUGCACGAGGCGUUCAACAAAGAGAAGGCUGAGCUCGUGGCGAUCGCGGAGCGGGCCAAGACGGGCGCGCACGCGCAGCGGAUGUCGCACGAAGACGAAGUGAAGCGGCUGACGGAGGAAACCGCGGCGGCGAAGGCCGCGGCGGCGAACGCGACGCACGACGCGAACGCGCGGUUCGAGAUGGCGAGGACGGCGCUGAUGCAAGAGCGCGACGCGCACGGCGCCGCCGCGGAGGAGGCGAAAGCGAAAGCGGCGAGGGAGGUUGAAAUCGCGAAGGAGGCGUGGGACAGAGAGCGCGAACGUCUGAAGGAGGCUGUGGAACGCGCGCGCGCCGGGCCGGUCGCGGACGCCGCCGUCGCCGCGCGAGCGGAGGCGGAGCGAUACGCGGACGUCCUCCUGGACUGGGAGAAGGACCGCGAGGAGUGGCGCCGCGCGCAGGAAGAGACGAAGCGCGUUCACGACGCGGAGAAGGAGGACCUGAAAAAACUUCGGGACCAGGAAGUCGCCGCGCUCCGAGCGGAGGCGGACGCACGAUCGAAAGCGUGGAUCGACGAGCGCUCGAAGCUCGUCGCGGAGAACAACGAUCGCGUCGAGGCCAUCGUCGCGAGGCACGACCUCGAGAUGAACGCGCUGAGGAAGGAGAAGCACGACGUCCUCGAGGACCAAAAAGCGCAGUUUGACAACAUCCUGAAACAGCACGAAUCAGACAGCGCGGCGUGGAGCGAAGAACGCGUCGAGCUCAUAAGCGAGCACGGGAAACACCUCGAGUCCGUCACCGCGCGGCACGAGGAGGACAAGUCGCGAUGGAGCAACGAGCGCGUCGAGCUCCUCGCGGAGAUUGGGAACAAGCUCGAGGUUUUGAACCAACGACACGUCGCGGAGAAGGCGCUGUGGGAAAAAGAGCGGAGAGACAUCCUCGCCGUGCACGAGACGCACAUCGAGCGCGCGAACGAGACGCACGAGGCCGCGGCGGUCGCGUGGAGGAAAGAGCGCGCGGAGCUUCUCGCCGAGAGCGCGACGCGGGAGGACGUCAUCGCGGCGAAGCACGAGGAACGCGCGGGAGGGUGGACUACAGAACGCGCACGGAUCAUCGCCGAGCACGACGCGCGCGUCGACGCGAUGACGCUCGCGCACGAGAAGGCCACCCGCGCGCACGACGAACGCCACCGCGCGGAACUCGCCGCCGUGGAGGACCGCUGCCGGCGUAGGAACGAUCUCAUGAAAGAAGAGCACGCGCGGUCCGCGACGCUCGCGAAGACGGCCUCGGACGCCGCCGUCGCGAAGGCGCGGUUGGAGGCGUCCGUCGCCGCGAACGACGCGGCUUCGAAACGCGACGCGAUGUACGCGGAGUGGGCGCUCGAGCGCGAGCGGAUCGACGCGGAAGCUGAGGCAACGCGCGUCGUCUUCGCGACCGAGCUCGCGGCGGCGAAGGACGAGCGCGACGCCGCGGACGCGGCCGCGGUCGAGGAAGGGAUGCGAAGAGAAAAAGCCGAGGCGGAGCGAUCCGUCGCCGAGUCCGCGGCGACGGCGUCUCGAACCGCGCGAGAGGAAGCGGAGCGGAACGCGAAGACCUGGAGCGACGAAGCGGCUCGCGCGCGCCAUGCGGCGGAGACGGCGAGGAUCGACGCGGAGGCGGCCAUCAGAGUCGCGCGCGAGGAGAUGGAGCUCGAGCUCGCGCAGUUACGCGAGGCGCACGAGGUCAGGGUCGCCGCCGCCGCCGAGGACCUCCAACGCGAACGCGAACGCGACGCGGAGGCGAACGCUCACGCGCAGCGCGCCACGGAAGAAGGCGUCGCCGCGGCGUUGGAAGAAGCCGCGACGACGGUCAGAUUCGCGCGCGAGGACGCGGCGUCGAAGAUUGCGGAAAAGGAGCGCGCGUUCAAGACGACGCUCUUGCUGCGAGCGUGGAGGACCCACGCCGCGUUUGAAGCCGGGCCCCGACGCGCGUCGCUCGGGCGCGACUGCCUGCGCGCGUGGGCGGCGGCGUCCCCGUCCCCGCUCGACGUGCCCCGCGCGGAUAAGUGCUAUCGAUCGAGGCUGCGCAUGCGAAGCCUGCACGCGUGGAUCCGAGUGUGCGUCGUCAAGGCGGCGGCGAGAGAGCGCGCGGACGCGUUCACCGCGCGGCGGGACGUUUUGCGGUAUUUGAACGCGAAAAAGAAGGCGCUCAGGGUUUGGCGCGCGGUGACGCGGUACGAGAGCGGCGUUCGCACCGCGCAGGCGAGGGUGCGUUCGAAAAACCGUCUCGCGCGUCUGAAAGAGUUCCUGCGAGCGUGGAACGCGCACUUGAAGGUGACGCAGCAGAACGAGGCAAACUGCGACCGGUUUUGCGACCGCAGAACGUCGUACUUGUGCCAACGGAUUCUGAAGUCGUGGCGGUUCGAAGUGUGCGGGAGACGGAUCGAGAACGGCCAGCUCGAGUUGAUAAGGAAGCGGUACCGCGCGUUCAUUCAAAAGAGGAUCAUGAGGCAGUGGUCCGUCGUCGCGAGGGAAUCCAUCGUGGAGAGCCACAUCAUGAAGUCGUACUGGAAGCGGCGACGACGCGGGCAGCUCAAGUUUUAUCUCGACCGGUGGCGGACGCGUAAGCAGCAGCAUCGGAGGAUGACGCGUUUCGAGACGAGAGCGAGGAAAUUCGUCGUCACGCGAUAUCGAUCCGCCGCGUUUCACGAGUGGCGGCUCGUCGCGCGGACCGGGACGCGUCACUACGUCGCGGUCGAGCGGUUCAAACAGCGCGUGGCGUGGCGAUACAAAAAGACGACGAUUCGUUUGGCGUUCCACGCGUGGCACACCCUCCUCGCGAGCGACGCCGCGGUCGGUCGACAGCUUCACGAUCUGUACUACCGACGGGCGUCGCGACGGAUGCGUCAGUCGUCGUUUUUCGCGUGGCGCCGCGCGGCGAGACAGACGAACGCGGCGAUGGACACGAUGCGCCGGCUGUACGACUCGAAUUUGACGACGAAGCGGGUGCUGAGGCCGUGGCGGGAGCGCGCGAAGGCGCUCGCGACCGCGCGACGGGCCGCGAUCAGCCUCCUUCACAAACGUCAGCGCCCGGUUUUAUUCCGCUGUCUCUACGCGCUGCGCAACUACGCGUCCUCGUGGAGGAUAAAACGCGCCGCCGUGGAGGGCAUGCGCGUGCGAUCCGCGAUGAGAAGAGAAGUCACGCUCGUGUCAAAGUCGUUCGUCUCUUGGUGCACGGUGUUGGAAGAAAGCAAGAACCACCUGCGGCAUUACCUCGCGUUCCGACGCAAGUCCAUAAUGGCGCUCGUCUUCAAGAAGUGGUUCCAGCGCAUGAUGGGCGAGAAACUCGGCGUGUCUUUAGCCGGUCGCCUGCGCGUCGAGCUCGAGGCGUCGCAAGAGCGUAAUCUCCGUCGCUUCGCGAUUCGCGCGAUGCAGUCGUGGGCGGAAGCCGCCGCGAAGGAGGUGACGUACCGCAAGAAAGUUCGCUCGUUCCGCGACUGGCGGUACAAACGACGCGUCGUGCAAGCGUGGUUCGCGCGCGUCGUCGCCGCGUCUAAUUUCCACGCGGUCGUUCACAACAUCGGGACGGAUUACAAGCUCACGCAGCACGUCCACUUGAUCACCGCGGUGUUUUGCGCCUGGCGCGUGCUCCAGAAGACGUGCGCGGACGCCGCGCUCGUGGGCGCGCGGAGGUUCCACGAGCGCCGGGAAAGGUCCGUGCUCGUGCUCACGAUGGAGCGGUUCAGAAAGAACGCGGAGAUGGGCCGGGCCGAGGGCGCGAUCGCGUUCGCGCACUUCCGCCUGGUUUUCCUCGCGUGGAGACGACUCGUCGCGUCGUCCAAGGACAAGGCGCGCAAAGAAGCAAACGCGGACGCGCACAAGGCGAAGAAGCUCCGCUUCCGUUUGCGAAUGGCUUUGAAAGUGUGGCGCGUCAUUAAAAUUGGCGCCGCGUCGCGCUGGGAGCACGCGCGCGCGGAGGAAGCGAGGGUGGAGGAGGAAGUCGCGAGGAAAAAUCGCGAGCUGGAGGAGGAGGUCGCGAGGAAAGAACGCGUCGCGGAGACGAACGCGCGUCGUCUCGCGUCGCGCGCGCGCGCGAAGGCUUUUUUCGCGUGGCAUCGCGUCGGCGUCGUCCUCGAGCGGAAAAUCGCGUCGUUCAAAGACCGCGCGCUCAUGCGAGCGGUCGUGCGCGACUUCCGCGCGUGGCACCUCGCGGUGACGCUCCUCCCUAAGCUAGAGAAGGAAGAAGCGAAGAAGCGCGCGCUGAAGGAUGCGUCCGAGGGACGCGCGACGAAGUGUCUCCUGCGCAUGACGCGCCGAAGAAACGCGAUGGCGUUGCAGAGCUGGAGAGACUUCUCGACGCACCGCGCGCGGCAUCGCUUAGUCGCGAAUAGGAUGGUGCUCCGACACCUCACCGCGCUCGCGGCGAGGGCGGUCAGGGAGUGGCGGCUGUUCGCGUCGAACGCAGCGCGAACGCGAGACGCGGCGAUCGAGCACGCGUUGUCGUCGCAGCUGCGUCGGUUGCGAAUGAAUCUGAUCAUCGCGAUGUCCACGUGGAGGUUUUUCGUCCGCGAACGGAAGAACGACGAGCGCAUCGCGGACGUCGUGAUUCGAAUCCACCACCGAAGCGAGCGCGGGAAGGCGUUCAAGGCGUGGAGGGUCGAGACGAGUCGGCUGCAGUCCGUUCGCGUCACCGCGGUGAAGGCGCUUUUCUUCCAUCACAGGCACGUCCUCCUCCGACACACGGUGGACGCCUGGACGGAAUACGUCGCGCGCGUCCGCGCGGAUAAAAACGCGAUCGCGGAAAGAGAUCGACUCAGCGUAGAGGCGACGAAGGAGGAGGAGUUGGCGGCCGUCGCGGCCGCCGCCGCCGCCGCCGAGCGCAUCGCCGCCGAGGCGGAGGCUGAUCGCCUCGCCGCGGAGGAACGCGCGCGCGCGACGAAAGCCGCGGAAGCCCGGGUCGACGGUUGGCGCGCCCGACGCGCGUUCUAUCGCCUUCGCGAAGUCGUUCGCGCGUGGCGCGCGACGACCGCGCUGGCGCUGUCGAGGCGCCGGAGGCACGCGCGCUCGAGAGUUUCCCGCGCGUUCCACGCGUGGCGCCGCGCCGUGACGGUCACGCCGUUGGACGCGAAGCGAUACGAACGCCGGCACGCGGUCGCGGUCCGACACCGCGAUCGCGCGGUGAUGCGACAAGUCGUGGCCGCGUUGCGCCGACGCGCGAGACUCGGCGCCGCGCUCGUCGCCGUCGCGGACGAGUCCUUCUCCGUGCUGAAAGCCGUCCUCCUCGGGAGAACGUUUGGCGCGUGGGCCGCCUCCGCGGCGCUCCUGCGCGAGAAACGCGAGGCGUUCAACCGCGAGGUCGCGGAGGCGUGCGCGAGCGCGGUCUCGGAAGCCGCGGAAGCGAGAGCGGAGGCGACGCGCGUUGUUCGCGAGGCGGAGCGCGCGGUCGUCGAAGCCGAAGCCGCCGCCGCCGCGGCGACUGCGACGAACUUUUUAGCGACGGACCGAGCCACGAGCCCGAUGGUCGCGCCGCCGCCGACGCCGCCGCCGCCGCCGAGCUCGAACGCGCGCGAGCUCGAGACAGAGCUCGCGCAGGCCAAGGCGGAAGUGCGCAGGUACAGGGACGAGCUCGCGGAAGCGAAGAUCGACGCGGCGAGGAUCAAAGCGGACGCGGACGCGACGAUGCUCGCGGCUUCUCGUCGGGCGUCCCCGACGCGGAGCCCGAGCCCCGCGGCGUCGCCGUCGUCGUCGUCCCCGCGGCCGUCCCCGCGGAGCGGCGGGAUCUUCUCGCUCGCGUACGGGGACGAGUUCGACGCGGAGUACGGCGCGUUCGAUCGCGAGCCUCCGCGCGAGCCCGUGCUCGCGCUCACGCCGCCGGAGGAGACGACGGACACGCCGCAACGCGCGGAGGAGAAUUACCAGUCCUCGUUUCAGCAGUGGCGGGAGAGAGAGACCGAGCUUCUCGACAGGAUCGCCGUCGCGGAAGCCGCAGCCGCGGCCGCGGAGGUCAAGACCGCGGAGAUCGUCGCGGAGAAGCGCGCGUUCGCGUCCACGGCGCCCGUGGACGCGAAGGUGUUCGAUCCGGACUCGACGCCGCCGCCGUCCCCCGCGGCGCCGACGGAUCUGUUCGAACUCCAACGCGAAGGCUACGAAGCCGACCUCGCGCAGAACAAAGCGAUGGUCGAAGACGCCGUGCGAUCCGCGGAGAUUUCCAAGGAAGCGCUCGCGGCCGUCGAGGCCGAGGCCGCGGCGGACCGCGCGUCGUACGCGCGGCGGUUCGAGGAGCUCGCGAAGCGCGCGGAGGACGCGGAGGCGGCGGCGACGACGGCGCGUCGCGAGGCGGCCGCCGCGGCGGAGCUCCUCGAGGUGGAACGCGCCGCCGCCGCCGCGGCGAAAGCGGCCGCGAAGCAGUGCGCCGUGGACGUCGACUCCCUCUCCGACGCGCUCAUCGCGAGCGAGGAGGAGAUUAAGCGCGUCGGCGCGGAAUUGGCCGCCGCGACGCGCGCGUCUGGCGCCGCGUACGAAGCCACGGACGCCGCGGAGGAGGCGACGCGCGAGCUCGCGCGGACGACCGAGUACGUCGCGGAUCUCGAAUCGCGCCUCGCCGUGGUCACGAAACGCAAGGACGCGCUCGAGGAAGAGAUGGUGGACGUUCGCGCGGACUUGAGAGAGAAGACCGCGGCGUUGGAGGACGCGUCGGGUGCCGCGAGAGACGCGGCGACGCGCGUCGCCGCCGCGGAAGCCGCGGAGACGACGGCAUCCGCGGAGCUCGUCAAAGCGCACGAAUCCGCGUCCACGCUCGCGGCGACGCUCGCGUCGAAGGAGAAAGAGUUCGAGGUGAAACUCGACGAAGUCAGAGCGGACGCGCGCGCGGAAGAGCGCGCGCUCAGGGAAGAGCGCGACCGGCUCGACGUCGCGCUGACGGCAACGAACGAUAAGCUCGAAACCGCGGAGGCGCGGUGCGUCGAUCUCGCAGCGCAGGUUAACGUCUGGGUGAAACGCGGGAUGAAACUCGUGAACAUCAAGGAAGGCGACGCCGGGGAGGAGAACGAGAACGUCGUGAACGCGAUCGGGACCCCGGGGUGGUACGCGUUCAUGGGUUCCGGCGUCGAGGCGGCGACGAGGAUGGCAGACGCCGCCGUUGCGGCGGCGUCGCCCUCGCCCGGCGGCGCCGCCGCCGCGCCCGCGUCCGCGCCCGCGCCGAGACGAGUGAGCUUCACGCCGACGCCGACGCCGAAACGCCGCCCGUCGGAGUCGACGCCGCGACCGACGCCGCAGGUCUCGAUCCCGAUCACGACCACCCCCGAUCCGAGCCCGACGGUGGCGACCGCGAAGGUUGUGUCCGCGAUGAAGAGCGCCGCGAGCGACGGCGCCGUCGAGCGCGUGACGGCGGCGUUGAAAGAGAGCGCCGACCGCGCGGCGGAGGCGGAGAAGCAGCUCGCGGAGGUUGUGCUCUCCGGGGAACAGUCGGACGCGAAGUACGAGAAGCGAAUCGCGAGUCUGAAGCGUAAGGUUGUCGACCUGACGAACGAAGUCAACGACUUAAACGCGGAGUUGCACGCGUCGAAGGAGAAGGUUUCGCUCGCGGAGAAGCGCGAGAAGUCGUCGCGAACGAAGCUCGCGGCGACGGAGAAGAAACUGUCCGAAUCGACGCAAGCCGCGAUCGAUAAGGCCGCGGCAGAGAAGACCGCGGCCGCGAAGGCAGCGACGAGGGCGUGGCAGUCCACCGCGAAGUCGUCCGCGGACGCGAAGCACGCGGGCGGGAAGCUCGACUCCGCGGUGGAGACGAUUGCGCUUCUGUCCGGGGAAAUCGAAUCCGCGCGCGGGAGAGAAGCCGAGCUCGCCGCACGGUGCGCCGCCGUCGAAGCCGACUUACGCGUCGCGCGCGGGGAGCUGAAGUCUUCCGGCGUCGCCGCGCUCGAGAAGAGGCUCGCGGCGUGCGCGGAGCAGAUCACGUCGCUUCAGGCGCUCGUGGACGCGGUCCCCGAGAGAAUCGCGGACGCGGUCGCCGCGGAGACGACGGCGUUGCGAACGCGCGCGAACGACGCGGAAACGACGGCGAACGAGAGCAUCCGAUUGCUCGACAUCGCGCGCGCGGAGACGGUCGCGAUCGCGGCGACGCGCGGCAGCGCGCUUCGCGGCGGCGACCUCGACGACGUGCUGACCUCCGCGAAGGCGUUGCUGCGCGAGAUGCGCGAGCGGCGCGACCCGAGCGGCGAGAUUGAAUCCUUACGCGCGACGAUCCAAGAGAAGGAAGCCGCCGCGAAGGCGUUGACGGCCGAGCGCGACGACGCGCUCGCCGCCGCGGAGAAGGCGUCGCGGAAGAAGGCUCCGUCGGUUCCGAUCGACCCCGCGGACGUGCCGGCCGCGCUCGCGGCCGCGCUCGAGCGCGAGGAGGGUCUGAUGAAGCAAAUCACCGCGUUGCGCGCGGAGCUCGACGACGCCGCGCGAAGCGAGGAUUCGUUCGAGGAGGCGGCGGAGAUUUCGCGCGUGGACAACGCGAACAAGGCGCGCGCGGAGAAGGCGGAGGCGGAGCUUCGCCAGGCGAAGGCUGCGCUCGCGACGCUCGCGGACGAGCGCGCCGGCAUGGGCCUCCUCGGGAACGGCGGCGUCGCGGCGUCGCCGGGACGACGCGGCGGCGGCGGCGGCGGCGAGGGCGACGAGAGCGAACUCGCGCGGCGCCUAGACGCGGCGCUGAAGGAACGCGACGCCGCGCGCGCGCUCCUCGCGGAGUCGCAAAAGCGCGAGGAAUCGCUGCGGGUGACCCUGCGCGAUAUCAAGCGCGACAUGAUGAUCGCCGCGGCGGAGACCGCGGCCGCGAGCGCGCGCUUGACGCCGUUGAAGGCGGGCGGCGGCGACGAAAACGAAAACGAAAACGAAAACGACGCGUUCGCGAGUCCAACCCUGAGCGAAGGUCGACGCGCGAGACGAAUGUCGAGGGAGGAGAAAGCGAGCGGGCUACGACGCGGCGCGGCGCUCGGGAAGUGGCGGGAAGUUUCCGGAGCAGGGACGGAACCGGGGCCGACGGUGAUCGGCAGCCGAGGGUCGAGCGCUCGGCGACCGAGGGCGGAGCGCGAACGCGGGCUCGCGCGAGCGACGGCGCAGCUCGAGGACAUGCUCGAGGACAUGCUCACGAACCGACGAUGA